AUGGCUACGUUAACACAGAAGAAUGCUACCUCUCGAACUCCUGUAGAGAUAUGGCUCGUUAUUUUCCGCUUCUACCUUGGGCCAUCUCAAUCGGAUUCCAACUACAACACAAUCGGCAGCUAUGCGCGGGUCUUUAGAGCGAGCAUUAUCUCUGCUCUUCGUGAAUUUUCACUCGCUGAGAGGAAAAGAUUGAAGCUGCGUCUCGUAUGUCGCGCCUGGCGGAGAGUUGCAGAUAUACUAGAGGAGAGACUCGUCGUCAGCUGUCUUGACGGGAACGAUUGGCCUCAAAGCCACCGAACAGAUUCAGCAAGUUGCGUCUAUUACGUGCCUUCAGAUUAUCUUCGGCAUGUUGCGCAUAUCGCACGCUGGAGAGCUCGUUAUCAGUUGCCAUUUGCCAUGAAUAGUACCCUCAUUCGAUUCGGGGUUAAUGCUUCGACAGCACGGGUCCUUCAUAUAAGCGGUAUGAGCGUCGAGAUCCCGGAUGAAAGGGGGAACAAGUCGAUAGCGGCUAGCCCGACCGUCGAAGUCCUUGAUUGGGCUAUUUGUCACCGUACCGAGGCAGUUCAUGGACUAGCCCAUCCAGCAUUCUGUCGCCUUGUGGCACUCAAACUCACCAUCGACUUUCCAUUCCCGCGACUCGCUGCAACUAAACACUUUCAGCUUCCUCGCCUCCGUUAUCUUUACCUCACAAUUGACAAAAGUUAUGUCCAGUCAUCACAUGGAGGCUCCUUUUCAUCUUGGAGGUUUCCAAUGCUCGUGAUGUUCCAAUUGUGGGCCAAGUCGGCCUCGUGGCCGUUGUGGGAAGAAACUCAAGACUUUCUUCGUGCUCAUGCCCAAACCCUUGAAGAAAUUUCGACGACCGGUCUUCGUCGACUCUCACGCAAUGAGAAUAGCACCAAUUUUGCUCCUCUGCGCAAAUUGUGGUCCGAGUUUCAUGCCAUUCGUCUAUAUGGCUUUUCUAACUUGCAUGAAUUUGCCGAUGCCUUGCCGUCUAUACCGGACAUUUGGCUCAACAAGUCAAUAAAAUCAUCAUCGAGGUCGAGAAAGUUCCGUGUCAUUCUCGGAAAUGCGGCUAAGAUUCCAGUAGAGAUAUGGAUCUCUAUUUUCAGACUCGUUCUCGGCCCCUCCUUGUCUGAUCCGUAUCAAUCGUCGCUCCAAGCAUACACCAUCGCACUCUUUACGGCGUUUCGAACAUUUGAGUUAUACAAGAGUAGAGAGCAGAGAAGAGGUCGACUUAGGAGAGUUUGUCGAUAUUGGAAGAACAUUGCCGAUGCGCUGGACGAUCGUCUCGUCGUCAUCUGUCCUGACGGCUUUACCUGGCCAAGGGGCCAGGAUCCAAAGGGCGCAAAGCGGGUGUUUUACUUCUGGGUAUCCAAUAAUCCGUCCUGUCUUGUUGAUGCAGACCGGAUGAAGACUGCCAACUGGCAACCAAAAGAACGGGGAGUGGCGACAUAUCAAUUUCCCUCUCCUAUCGACCCAACGGCAUACAUAGCACCUGCUAUGGAUAUCAUUAACUGCUUACUGGACAUCCCGGAAGACGCGCCACUGUCCAUUUGUUCCAAAACAUCGCCCAAGUCGCUCUACUACCAGUACUACGGCAAUCAUGAAAACCCUCUACGUGGACUUUGGCACCCGUUAUUUCGACAUCUUACCGCCCUCCAUCUUCGUGUAGACUUUCCGUUUUAUUGGACCUAUCCUCUCGAUCACCUAACCCUCCCCGAACUGCGCUAUCUCUACCUCGACAUAUGUCUGCGAUUAUCAUCUCUGCCUCACGAUCAUGUAGGAACGUCAGUACUUACUUGGAGAUUUCCAAAACUUCAAAUCCUCGGACUUUGUCCAAGGUUGGAAUACCGGGUUAUAGAGCGUGAAAUCUCGGUACUACUUGCCGCUCAUGCAGGUACCCUGGAGGAGCUCGAGCUUUUCCAGACGACGAAAGGUGACGUGACAGAGGCAGUCGAAUGGAGCAAAUUCACAGUGCUGAAGAGACUGCAUAUUUCAAGCCUUCAUUUAGUCCAUCGUAUUAUCCCAGCUUUGCUGGGCAACUGCACCGGUUCGGACCCCUCUUCAUCCGAAUCUCUGCUAGAGGUUCACUUCGCCGAGGCGUGGCUCAGGCGUCAGGAAUUCCUUGAAUUAGAACUUGCCCUUCAGCACUAUCCGCACGCUUUUGCGCGAGUGAAGUUUUGUUUGGAUGUGACGUGGAACGAAUUGGCAGAUACAAUCAGAGGAAGCACAGAAGGCAGGGAUUGUAUCCUCUCUCCAUCACUGCGAAUGGAGAGUCUCAAUGUGGUCGACAUAGAAGGCCAGGCUUUGGAUAGUCCAGCAGGGCUCCGUGCUCUACAAGUGGCCAGAUAG